GGGGCCGGGGGAGGGCUGUCCCGGCUGCACCGCCCCGGCUGCGCUCGGCCUGGGCCCGGCGCGGUGCCGCUGGCGGCGGGGAGCGCCAUGGCGCUGGUGUCGGCGCUGAAGCAGAUGUCGUGGCUGUACUACCAGUACCUGCUGGUCACCGCGCUCUACAUGCUGGAGCCCUGGGAACGCACCGUUUUCAAUUCCAUGCUGGUUUCCAUUGUUGGAAUGGCACUCUACACAGGCUAUGUGUUCAUGCCUCAGCACAUCAUGGCAAUAUUGCACUACUUUGAAAUUGUGCAGUGAUGAAGAACCUAUCUUCAAGAAGUAACUGGGCUUUGAAAUGUGUUCUACAAAGAAGAAUGAACCUCUUAGUUUUAACAAGAUUUCUACCAAUGUCCAAAAGACACACUUAUGUCUCUGAAGACUAGGAAAUGAGAUAUGUAGAGCAGGGACAUGAGAUGUGAGAUGUCCCCUAUGUUGUGUUCAUUCCUUUUAAUUUUACAAGAUAUGCUAGUUUUGUCUACUUUAACAUUGUGAUUGUACUUUGAUAUCAGUAUUUUCUUAACUUUGUGACAGUUUCAAUAUUGCACUGUGAAUGCUUUUCUUAAUUGUAAUUUUGAGUAAAUCUUAAUUGCCUUCUAUUUUUAAUCUGAAAGUCAUCUUAUUAAAUGGGGCUUAAAGCUUUUGCUAUUGUAUGGUAUGUAUUUGCUUGGAGAUUUCUAUUAAUGCAUUUUGUAAGAAAAUACAUCUAGAUUCAUAUUAGAGACAUGGAUAUAUUCGUCUAACGCUAUUUACAGAAGUUAGUUUGUAUGACUGAACUCAGGUGUACUGUUUGCUGUCUAAACUUUGUUCAACAGUAUAUUUGUGCAUAUCACCUAAAUUUGGAAUUGGCCAUUAUUUCAAUCUUCUGUAGUCUACCUUUUGGAGGAGGUUGGGGGAGAUGAGGCACUGAAGCGGAGUGAAGACUGCAUUUGUUAUGUUUCAAGUAGUGUUGUUCUCAGCUUUAUCUAGUGGGGGAAAAUGGACUUUACUGGCAUAGGCCCAUAUAAGGCUUUGGGUUAGCAUUUUAAGUCAACCCUGUUUUUCUAGCUACCAAUUAAAUUGUAAUUUUACAGGAUACUUUAUUAUGUUCCAAUGAUUAUGGUUUCUGCUAAUUUUCACUCAACAGUGUAACUAUGUCUAGGUUUUAAAGGGGUUUUCUAUUGCUGCUAGUAUUCCAAACAUGUUUUCGCUACAAAUGACCAAAACACAAGGGUUUCAAUGGACUUGAGUUACAACUACAGCAAUAAGUAGCUGAAUACUUGGCUGAAGUCCUGUCUUUUUUUUAAUAGGGAUUUUUUUCAGUUUUGUAUUCUGAAAUGUAAGAUGGUGACAACUUUCUUAAGUGGACAAUUUUUUGUUGUUGUUGUUUAAAAAAUAAAAGUUUAAAAGCAGAGUUUUGAUGCAAAA